AACGUGGCCCCAGUCUCGUACCGACGUCCGCGCCGACCGCUCGUUCUUCGUGCCGUGUGAUACAGCCUCUGUCUGUUGCUGCUGCUGCUGCUGCUGCUGGUGUGCGCGUCGCGAGUGCAUUUUGUUUUCGCAUUUCGUUUUGCCGUCGUGAAUAUUCUCCAGUGCUGCACGUAUCUAGUUUUCCGGAUUACUGAAUAAUGUCCGCAAGCCGGUAGUAACGCAGGACUUACAAAAAGACAAAACAAAAUUAUGCUGUUCCUUAUAUUUUUGGUGGUCGCAUGCGUCAAUGGUCACCAAACCGAACCAGGACACCAUGUUAUACCGUAUAAAGAUGUGAUGUCGACGGCCGACACGUUUUCGGAAGACGGAGUGACAUCGUAUUCGCAGCUGUUGUUCGACAUCGCCAGAAAACAAGUGGUAGUCGGUGCGAGAGACAACAUAUACCGUCUGGACCUGGACGAUUUGAAAAAGAUCGAGGCCGCACGAUGGCCAGCCGCUGAAGAAAAGGUGCAGCUAUGUCUGGUGAAAGGCCAAAGUGUCGACGACUGUCACAAUUACGUCAAAGUACUACUGUCCACUGGAAAACGGCUGUUCGCAUGCGGCACCGGAGCUUUUUCACCACAGUGCACGUGGAGAGAGAUGGAAAAUGCCAACAGCGUGACCGACACAGUGCGUGGGGUAGGCAAGUGUCCGUACAGUCCGCUGUCCAAUAUUACAGCCAUGAUCACGCUCAACGGCCAGUACUUUGCCGGUAGUCCGAUGGACUUUUCGGGCGCAGACUCGGCCAUUGUCCGGGACCUGGGAGCUUCGUACCUGCGGACGAAGAACUAUGAUGCCAAGUGGCUGAACGAACCACAGUUUGUCGGAUCGUUUGAGACCGACGCCUAUGUCUACUUUUUGUUCAGAGAAAGUGCAGUGGAGUACAUAAACUGUGGAAAGAAGGUGUACUCGAGAAUUGCUAGGAUGUGCAAAAACGAUGUUGGUGGACAAACUAUGCUACGAGACAAUUGGACCACGUUCAUUAAGGCCCGUUUAAACUGUUCUUUACCGGGUGACUAUCCGUUUUACUUUGACGAGAUUCAAGGUAUGACUUAUCUACCGGAUGAAGGAUUGGUGUAUGCUACAUUUACUACACCAAGCAAUGGUAUAGCUGGAUCGGCAGUAUGUAGUUUUAACCUUACCGCUAUUAACGCAGCAUUUAAUGGACCGUUCAAACACCAAGCCAGCGUCGGUUCGGAAUGGGUACGAUAUAACCCACCACAUCAACUCAACCACGGACAUUGCCAACGACAGGAUCCAAAUCAGAUACUUGACUCGUCGAGAUACCAACUGAUGGACAACGCAGUACAGCCGACCACGAUGGAUCCACUAUAUUACAAGCCCUUGGAGAUUCUAACACACAUUGCUGUCGACGUCGUACCAACUAAACCACACGGAUCUUUGAAAGUCUUGUACGUGGCUACGACCCAAGGGACAGUGAAAAAGAUUACUAUUCUACCGAAGUCUUCGGUCACAUGCACACUGGAGGAAUGGAACAUAUUCCCCGAGGACUCCGGUUCCCAGAUCAUGGCGUUGCAUUAUCUGAAAGUCACUGACUCGAUAUACGUGGGCACUCGUGAUCGGGUGUUGAAAAUACCGGCCCAGCACUGCGGUCGUCACCGGAGCAAGGAAGCGUGCAUGAACGCGAUGGACCCCUAUUGCGGAUGGAACGAGCACGUCGACAAGUGCCAACCACCGACAAACGGUAACAUCAUGGAACACAAUUGGCGACAAGACGUUACCAAGUGUCCGGACCGGUCGAGGCCGAUCGACGGUGGUUGGUCCAGCUGGUCGACAUGGGCUGCGUGUACGCAAAACGUUAACGGCAAAGAGUCCGCCGACCAAUGCUUGUGCUCGAGCAGAACGUGCACGAACCCCGAACCCAAGUACCACGGGGCCGAUUGCCAAGGUCCCACCAUACAGGUGACUAAUUGCACCGUACACGGACAAUGGUCGGCUUGGUCGGACUGGUCUGCGUGUACGCAAAGUUGCGGUUCCGCCGUGAAAGUCAGAAAGAGGACUUGUGGAAAUCCGGCGCCGGCAUUUGGCGGUCGGGUGUGUGUAGGACGGGACACCGAUGAAAUGUUUUGCCAUUCGAACCCACCUUGCCCAGUUUCACCACCAGUCGUUAAAGAACCGGGAUGGAGCACCUGGGGCUCGUGGAGCAAAUGCUCGGCCAAGUGCGGUGGAGGCAUUCGACAAAGGUCGCGUUACUGUAACAACCCACCGCCACAGGAAGGGCAGGAUUGCAUCGGGUGUUCCGAGGAGUACGAACUGUGUAACCAGAAACCGUGCACGGAUAGCAUAAAAAAGAUUUCGGCGUGGUCGCCGUGGGUGUCGGCUGGCAAUGGUACUCAUAAAAGAUACAGAUUCUCGUGCAGAACGCAGCCGGACAUUUCGGCUUUAAGCAUUAUGCAGGACAAAGAAGAAAAUAGAUUGUGCCAAGAUGGGUCGUGUCACAGACUCGAUCAACCGUCGGAUUUAGAAGACUCGUGGUCAGAAUGGUCACCCUGGUCACCGUGUUCUGCUGAUUGUGGUGGUGGUGUACAAGUGAGGACUCGAACCUGUGAAGGCCCAUUGGAUAAUUGUGAGGGGCAAACCACAUUUACCAGGGCUUGUAAUACACAACCAUGCAAAGGAGAAUGGAGUUGUUGGACAGACUUCAGUGAAUGUUCUGUGACCUGUGGUGAAGGCGUCAGAACUCGCAAGCGCAAUUGUCUGCUGAAGGGUAUGUCCACUGAUGGAUGCGAUGGCCCUUACGUAAGCCAAGAACCGUGUUACGCGCCUUGUCAUGACAUAGAUAUGGGCUGGGAAGACUGGUCCGAGUGGUCAGUUUGCGAUAAGGACAACCAGAAACAUCGCACACGAAAAUGUAUUUCUGACCGUUGUUUGGGACCUGACAUCGAAUCUAUUCCUUGUUUUGAGACAAACGAGAUCGUGAGUUCGAGUGGCUCCACUCUGCUGGUGUGCCUGCUGUCCUUUUUGGCGGGCGCCCUGGUGGCCGGCGCCGCGUUCUGCGCGUGGCAGAGGCGCAGGAAGCCGAAGUUGCCCAGCAGUCCGCACUACAUCACCACCAAGCAGAACCCGUACGUGACGGUGCCGAUGAAAGAGUACCGCGCGCCGGCCAAGCGGACGCCGUCGUUCACCAAGCCGACCACAGUCGGCGCGCAACACCACGGCAACGGUACCGCGGCCACCGGUACGCUGCCCAGGCUGUUCAACAAGCCAGCCGACUACGAGACGGCCACCAUCAAGCGGAACAGCCACAGCCUGGUCAACGGGCACGCGAUGCGCAACCGCCCCGAUUUGGAACAGGAAAAGUUUUUCUAACCAGCUGCACCGUUGAAUUAUCAUAAUAUUAUUAGACGCGAACAUCGCCAAUCGCCAUAAUUACGAUUAUUAUUGUAUCGAUCAUCAACUUCCCUAUCGCGGGCUGACUGUUUAAACCGCAACGCCACAGAAUUCCGUGACGCGUUCAUUGCAUUUAUGCGCGGAAGAAUUCAGUGUUAGUUCAACCCUCUCCGGAAAUCGUCCGUGUUUCCGGAUUUAUUAUUUUUUUUUUUAAUGUCAUCCGAUUGUUCGGAUUUUCGAAUGUCCUGAUAAUAAUAUUAAACCAGUGCUGAUAUCGGCUACUGGUGCUCGUUAUUGCUAGUCAUUACAAUUUUUUACUUUCGACGACUUCCUUGCGGACGUAACUAAUUUAACACGUGAUAUUGGUAACCGAUACAAUUAUUGACUUAAUAUUAUAUUUCUAAAAUAAUUGAUAAAAAUCUAUUUCUAUAUUAUUAUUUCGUAUUGACUAACGAUCAAUGUGCAUCACACUAUCUUCAGUCUGCGUUUGAUUUCAAUAAUAUAAUAUAUUAAUAUAUUAUAAUGAUCAUAAUUUUUGUUAUUAAAUCAAAAAAUUUUCUAACUAUUGUAUACAAAUUAUACAAACGGUUCACUCGUUUUUUUUUUAUAUACAACCGAAGACUGCGUAAAACCGCGACGCAUAGCCUGUUGUCGUAUGUUACAUCCAUUAUUGCCUUACUCUGUUAAUUAUAAAUUAUAUUGGACUUGAAAAGAAAAAAAUAUCACAUGAAAUAUAUUAUUCAGUAUUGUAUAUUUAUAUAUUUUUUUAAUAAUUUGAAGUGUAAGUUUAAGUUGUUACGUAAGUGCGCAGAAUGGUGGAUUAGAAUCGUUUUUUAACCAUUCAUAUUAUUAUAUUAUGUCGUAUGAAAUCUAUUUUAUAUUAUUGUACAGUGUAAACCUACCUACUUAAAAAUAAUGUGUGUCUACUUCAAGACGUGUCGAAUCAGUUGUGUGAUCAGAUUUUUGUAAUGGGGGGAGGUUUAUUCAUUUUCGAUUAUUCUCAGACCACGUUAUAUAGCGGUAAAUAUACUCUCAUUGCCCUAUCAUAUAUUUUAUAUGACAAAAAUAAGUCAAAGGGAGAAGAUAUGAACCCUCCUUGAGCACCCACCUGUGCCGAAUAAUAGUUUUUUUUUAAUUUCAUAGAGGUAGGUACAUUAUAAUUUAUAAAUUAACGAUUUUCAAAACACUGAUGAAUUAUACUAUGUUUUUGUUGCUAACAA